AUGCGCACAAUCAGAAGAGAAGCAGCAUUCCAUGGAGUUAAGUGUAAAACACAACUUAUGAGCGUUAUGGAUUACUUGGAUACGUUACAGUAUCAAGAUCGUGUCGACUAUGAAUAUAUAUACAAUGACGAGAAACCACAUGCUGUGAAGCCGAAAAGAAAGGCGAAACGAAAAGGAGUCAACGUGAGCCCGAAUCGAUCUCAGCAAGCUAUAUUGAAACAGCAGACUCCGAACGGCGUGAAUGUUGCUCUUGCUGAAAAUCUGUCGAAGGAAAAGCGUGCUAGUUCCGAUGGGAAAGCGCAAAAGAGUACGAGCGGUGGGAGGAUGAGUAAAGUGUCCCGUAAAGAGAAGGGCUUUUUCGCGGUGGCACCUCCCAAGCGUCAGGUGGCGUCAAGAACGAGGUCAGCAAUGGGAGAACCUUCGUCAAUGUCAACUGGGCUUACAGCAAGUCGUCAAGUAAAUACGAGAAGACCUGCGCGACGAUCUCGUCCCAGGAGGCGGAAGAAGCAAACUUCAAGCUCCAGCUCAUCGCAAGAGCGUUCAGCAGGUGGAAGAAAUGUUAGUGGACGAGGUGGAAAAGUCACCAGUCAAUCAACAGGUACAAGUGGUGGGAGGAAGCCUAGAACUCCUCGUGCGAGCUGUAGAUUUUUCACAGUAUUCUCUCCUAAACGCCAUACAAAAUCAAAAUCAUCGACAAGAGAGCAUUCAACCAGGUCCACUGCGCGUUCGACGGAAUCGCGAAACCUGAAUGUGAAAAGGCCGGUUCGACAAGCACGAGACGGAAGGCGGAAGAAAUGUUCUUCAAGCUCCAGCUCAUCUGACGAUCAUUCAGCAUGUGGAAAGUGUUUCAGUAAAACAGGUGAAGAAGCAAGCACUCAGUCAUGUCGAAGUGCGAAACUGGUGAAAAAUACCGGAAAAAGUCCAUGCUCCCGUUCGACUAAUAAGCAGCGCAAAAGUGGUCAGAGAAAUACCAAACAGUCAGUUAAAAAAGGCGAUGUGUCAUUAUAA